AUGAUACGGAAUCAUUCCAUGUCAUCUUCAGCAGCCCCGUCACUUUUGGGAUCUGAAGAUCCCCUCAUGAUUAGAGAGUCAGAGGACCUUCUUUCCCAAUUUAUGAGAUCCUCCUCUCUUGAAUCACAUGACAAUCAUGCCCAACCUCAGAGCUUUCAAGAGCCGUCUGCCGGCUCGGUGGGGCACAGAAGAGCGUCACCAAAGUCCAGGGUGAAGAUUCCCAGAUCGAGGGUUCAGUUGCGCCCGGAAACUGAAGUGCGGGUGACGGUUCCGCCAACCCAGUUAUCUGCACAUUUAGGGCCUACUAGAAUUAAACGGGAGAAGCCUUCUCUUAUCUCCCAGGAAUCACCACCGCUCGCAAGAAGAAAGCCUUGCCAAUCUUCGCCACCUCUUAUUGACCUUUGUCAAUCUCCAUCAAUUGCCAGCGAGCAUCCUCAAUCGUCAUCGUCAAUUAGUGGGUCUCGCCAAUCCUCGUCUCCUGCCAGUGAUGACGAAGCUAGACAUAUGGUGGUCACACGACGCUCUCAACGCGCAAAAGGCCAGCCAACAAACUACUACAAGAAUCCCUACCAUAUUGAAAGUGAAAGUGAGGAAGAGCCACAAGAAGUACCAAGUCCAAGGGAACUACUGCAUCGCGGACGCCAUUCUUUGCAACCACCCUCCGCUUCUACCCCACCACGACUUCCUGUGCGCCAUGCUACUAGGAAAGAGCCACCCUCUUUAGGAACUUUUUUGCAACGGCGGGAACUAGGCUCUCGUUAUAAUAAUCAUAAUAAUCUCGCACUACAAUCGCAAUUCGAAAGCAGAUUCAGACCAUCAAAGACAUGGAAGGGAGCCUCUAACGAUGUCAUUACCCUAACAUGGUCACCUGAUGGGACCAAGUUUGCCGCGGGCGCUACUGCACACUGUGAUGAACACAUGAUGGCGUAUAAUAGAAAGAACAAUCUCAUACUUGGAAACCUGGUCAGUAACGAGCUGUAUGAGCUGCCAGAUCAUUGGAUGGCGCGCCCUCGGGGUAUAGGUUCUUCUGCGAACCACGUGGUCAACGAUCCCCGACUGUUUAUGAGCGUGAGUUCUGUGCAAUGGCAUGAAGAUACUCUCUACACCGCUAGUUACGAUCAUACGGUCAAGUUAUGGGAUACCUCAAGACGCAAGGCUAAAUGCUUCCAGACCUUGAAGCACGGAUCUCAAGUAAUUGUCAUGGCACGCUCGAAUUUUGAUGAGAAACUACUGGCCACGGGGACCCAUACAAUCAACUUGUGGGACACGAAGGCAGAGCAGUACAAGGAACUUGAGCUCCCCCGGGCACGAUCAAAAAAGGACAUCGAGUUGGUCCCAACGUCAAUAUCCUGGGGAGCCAACUUUGCCAUUAAAGACUUUUUGCUCGCGGGAAUGUCCGAUAAAGAAGACAGUGGCAUAGCUCAGCAUGGUCUCCUUGCAGCCUUUCGCGUCUGCGAAUCAUCAAUCCAUACCGAGAACUUUUCGCCUAAUUCUCAGAAUGUCUUUGACGUUGCGUGGCAUCCAGUGCUGCCAGUGUUUGCAACUGCUUGUACUGCUGGCCAACAGGCACCCCGUGGCACCCGGUCAGUCGUGAACAUAUACGAGCCUCUUAGGCAUAACCGGCGGGUAUUGGAUCUUGACUGCCCUGCUCAGGAUAUGAAUGAGGUGGUGUUUUGCCCUCUAAACACCAACUAUAUCUCCGCGAGUUGUACGGAUGGGGUUACUUAUGUGUGGGAUCAGCGCAAUCCUGGUGAAAUCCUUCAAAAGCUUGCACAUGGUCAACCUCUUAACCAGUUGGAUGAAACCAUCCCCAGGGAACUUGCCGAUACUGGCGUAACUCUGCACACGUGGGGCAACACAUAUGAUCAACUUUAUACAGGUGCCUCUGACGGUGUCCUCAAGAGGUGGAACAUUUUUCGAGCAUCCGAGGAUGCACUGAUGGAAGAUGUUGCUACUCUUCAAGAAGGCAUCAUGUGUGGAGCUCUUGCCCCAGAUAAAUCAAACUUAUUGAUUGGAGAUGUCUCUGGUGGAGUACAGCUGUUGUCAAGUUGUCCUUUUUCACUUAUGAAAGAUGAGCCGGGCAAGGACCAUGCAUUCACUUUUAUUGAAAGCACGCAUGAUCACUUGCUAGAUAUUGAUUCAGAUUCCGGAGUCAAGGCAGCGCGUGAGUUGAUCUUGACGGGCCAAAUCACUCGGCACCCCGUCUUUGGACCAGGCCAAGGACCACACUAUAAGGGGCCGUUUGCUGCCUGGGCACGAGCAGAAGGGACGCCCCCAGAUCAAAUACCAACGGCCCCUCUUGCAGAAAAGUACAGCAAGCGCCAGCUGGACCAGCCUAAAGAAGGACUACAACUCGAACUACACCCAGACGUCAAGGCCAACAUAGCCCUAGCGAAGAUACGGAAUCAAAGGCGAGGGGCUAAGAAACGACGGACACUCGAGGACAUGAAAAUCCAGAAAGAGUCAUUUAACGAGAACAAUAUCAUUGACCUGUGCAGUGACGAUGAUCCUAUUAACUAUAGGAUGAUCCGGAAGCGCAAGCAACAGAUACCAGAACCAGACACCCCCAUCAUCACAACUUUCGGCAGCGGUGUUAUCGAUUUGACAGGUGAUUCGGAGGAGGAGCCGAUUGUUAGCGUGGGAGAUGUGCUGGAUGACUUGGCUGAUGAUUUCUGGUGGCCCGAAAGUGGUAAUAUAGACCCGAAUUGGCCCAAGGAGCUAUAA